AUGGGCAAGCGAAAGUCAAAGAGAAAGCCGCCUCCAAAGGCUAAAGCAGUGGAACCACUGCAAACACAAUUCAAUUGUCCGUUCUGUAAUCACGAAAGAGUAUGCGAAGUUAAAAUGGAUCGAGAACGAAACGUGGGAUUCAUAUCGUGCCGCGUGUGCUCUGAAGAUUUUCAGACGCCAAUCAACUACCUCUCAGAACCCAUCGAUGUCUAUUCAGACUGGAUUGACGCCUGUGAAUCAGCAAAUGCGUGA